AUGACUUCAUACUCCCGUGUUGCUGCUGUUACUGGUGCCAAUAAAGGAAUCGGUCUCGCCGUCGUUCGUCAACUUGCUUUGCAAUAUCCAAAAUCUGCUUUCAACAACGGCCCACUUCUCAUCUAUCUCACGGCACGCAAUGAAGAAAGAGGAAGAGCUGCUCUCGAGUCACUUACAGCCGAUAAACAACUGCAAUCAGCGAAAGCAUUGAAGAGCCAAGGUGGCCUGACGGAUAUCAAAUAUCUCAAUCUGGACAUCAGCUCCAAGCAAAGUGUGGACGAUUUUGCAGCCCACCUCAAGACAAAUCACCCGGAUGGUGUGGACUUCCUCAUCAACAAUGCCGCUGUGGCAUUGCAAGGAUUUGACUCGAAUGUGGUCAAGGAAACUCUCGACUGCAAUUACUAUAGCACCCUCCGUGCAGUGGAACUUACCUUACCACAUAUCAAAGAUGGUGGUCGAUUGGUGAACGUUGCCAGCAUGGCUGGUCAGUUGAGCUCCAAAUACUCAGACUCUAUCAAAUCUCGAUUCCGAAAUGCCCAAACAACCGAGGAUAUCACCAGAUUGAUGCAGGAGUUUGCAACCGGCGUUGAGAACGGCUCUCACGAAGCAGACUGGCCCAGUGCUGCCUACGCAGUCUCAAAAGCAGGUGUGAUUGGGGUGACCAAGGUCAUUGCCAGACAGAAUCAAGAAAGUGGGAGCAAAACAUUGAUCAACAGUUGUUGCCCUGGCUAUGUCAAGACGGAUAUGACCCGAGGUGGUGGGACCAAAACACCAGAUCAAGGCGCCGCAAUGCCUGUUCUGCUUGCUCUUGGGGAUAUCAGAGGCUCAAAUGGAGAGUUUUGGUCAGAGGGGAAGAUCGUUAACUGGUAA